CACGCAGGUUGGUCUUGCUUUAGAAGAGCAGGUGCAGCUGUUUACGCUGCUGCUCUGCAACACCCGUGUUCGGCCCGGGGCUGCGGCAGCCCGUGCCUAUAAUACACGAGGGACAGAUACAGUCUCAAAUCACAUCUGCGGCAUUUGAUUGUGUGUAUUCUUAUCUCGCUAAUCGCUGUUGCUAUCACGGGCCCCGGGGGAAAACAUUAUGGAAAUAAUCGAAGUAUUAUAUUAGUUCUCCACGUGGACUUCAUGGUAAUAUAUCCACGACGCUGUAAAUUGUUAUUUGACGAACUUUUGGUCAACAGUACUCGCCGCUUGACCUGCGUAGUCUGAUCACGGUAUGUCAUCAGUGGAUACAGUAAAUGCCGUACUUGACGUUUCUGAACUAGCAUCUCAUGGUCUCGACGGCCUAUACAUCCUUUAGUACACCGUAUCCUUUCGUCAUCGGGUCUAGCCUCGGCAACGCCAGCCAACCAAAGGACGCAGCAUAUUUUGCUGAGACGCAGGAAAGAGGAUAUGCUCUCGGCAGCGCAGCGCCACAGGCUGUCCUGCGGUACCCGAACAACCUGGUGAUGCUCUUUCUGCCGGCUUAAAUCUUUCGGAAGGGCUUCGCUGCGGCUCUCGCGUUGACAUUGCGUCUUCAGGGAACUGGACGGACACUUGCCGGUGACCACGAAGAUGGCGGAAAACGCGGGUAACACCGAGGACAGCGCAUUGACAGUUAAAAUGAUGGCUUCUUCGCCUGCUUCUGAAAAGAAACAUCGGAGUAAUGGCAGUGCCGCCCCUGCUCACCAGGCAGCCAAUCACAGCAGCUCUGUUGCUGGUAAACAGACUGAGUCCUUGACCCCACCGGCUGUUACAGAGAAGAAACCCCAGACCAAUGGGCAAGCUUCGCCAGUUCGACCUCCCGCCAUCAGCAACAACAGCCAGGCAGGUAAACAAUGCCUGGAGGGCUUUCUGAAAACGGACGACAGGAUGCGGCUGGCAAAGGAGAGGCGAGAGGAGAGAGAGAGGAGUCUGGCGGCAAGGGAGCAGGCUAUUCGAGAGAAGGAGCGGCGUGCGCAGCUGCAGUACGAGCGCACGGUGGAGGAGAGGUGGAAGCGCUUAGAGGAGCAGAGGCUGAAGGAGGAGCAGCGCAGGGCCGCUGUGGAGGAGAAGAGGAGACAGCAGCUAGAGGAGGAAAAGGAGCGACUGGAGGCCCUGAUGAGAAGGUCUUUGGAGCGCAGUCUGCAGCUGGAGAACAGGAGCAAGCGUUGGAUAUGGGGAGGGAACGGAUCCGGACAUGGUGACUGGGAGAAUGCCCCCCCUCUCUCUGCUGCCUCUGUUUCCCCCUAUGACCUCGCCGCCCCCUCUCCUGCUGCCAGCGAAUCAGGCAACGUUACCUCCAGUCCCCACAGGUCGCCGUACCGAGGGUCACCCAGCCGUCGCCGAGGCAACGCUGCGUUCACUGAAGAGCUUGGCAGAGGAUCCAACACAGCUCCCAGCACCCCAAAGAGGGGGAGUUUGCGCAGGGAAAGGGGCAUGAUCUCUCCGGCUACAGGGUCGCCUGUGAGGCGACCUGAUGAUGUCAUCCAUCGCUCCACCUCCCCUGCCACACCAAAGCUGACCCCUAAGAGGCGCAAUCAGUCUCCUGUCACUGUCCGUCAGUAUCCAGUAUCUCCUCUGAGACAUAGGCCUGCCACACCCAACGCAGACAGCAACAAGGGCCCAGACGACAAGGUCACCAAUGACAAACAAACCACAAAAGUCAGAGGUCAAAAUCCUGGAGAUAAAAAGCACCUCCAAGAUGAGGAAGCUUUGAAAAAGAGCCCCGAUACAGCGACCCCAGGCAUAGCUGGGAAAAUGGAGUCACCCGUUCAGAAGGCCUCCAGCCCAGGGACUCCGGAGAAGGGGUCCAACUCUACAGCUGCAGCGGCCCCAGGGCAGAGGGGCCCUGCCAUGGGCAACCAGGAGGAGCAGAGCCUGAAAGCAGGAAGCACACAGAAGCACAACACAAACAGCCUGACCACAAACAAAAGCACAGAUCAGUCGCCUGCUACCCCGGCAGAGAAGGCUGUUACCAGGAUGACAGAUGCAGAGGAGGUGUCUCGUCUGCUAGUGGAGAGACGGCAUCUGGCUCAUGUCCAGAAGCAGCAAGAAGAGCAGGAGAGGAUAAAAGCAGAGUUAAGAAAGAGGCAGGUGGACAUGCAAGCUCGUGAGGAACAGGAGACCCGGCGUGAGGAAGAUGAGCUCAGGGCCAGGAAGAGGGAGGAAGAGGAGCUGGAGAGAGAGAGAGAGGUUGUGGAGCGUCAGCGGCAGGACAGGGAGCUCAUGAAGCAGCAGGAAGAGGAGGAAAGACAGCAGAGGAAAAAGAGAAUUGAAGAGAUCAUGAAGAGGACGAGGAAGAACGAAGGGGAGUUGAAGAGAGAGGACAGCCAGGAGCCUCAGUCACCCUCCCCCCUCUCCCCUCCAGGUGAAAUCCAGGUGGACUCCAAGCCGGCCAAUGAGGUGAAGGCUCCACCUUCUGGUGCCCCGGUGGGGUCUGCCCCAGGUAGCCAGGCUCCUCUCAUUGGUGCCCAGGUGCGCUCCAACCCAAGCAGCCAGGCUCCACCCACUGUUGCCCAGGCACGCCCCACCCCAGGCAGCCAGGCUCCACCCACUGGUGCCCAGGCAGGCUCCGCCACAGACAGCUGGGCGAAGCCACCUGGCACACCUAGCAGGCAAGGCAGCGCAGAAAAACGAGUGGAGAGAUUUGUUGGGAGCGAGAGUAUGCAUGCACCUGCGCAGGUUCUGCCAAGGAGUCCCUCCCCAAACGGACAGGCCCGCAGUGCAAAGGCUCUGGAUCAGAAGGGCAACAGAGAGCAUGAGAAGCCUCAGAGCAACUCCACUCCAAGAGACGAGGUGAGAAGGGAUGAGAGCUCCCCAGCGAAGGGGCGGCCGAGCCAGCCGAAGGCCUCGGCUGAAACCAGUGUUCAGAAACCCGAAAAUAUCCAGCCUCCAACCCGGAACAGAGAGCGUGCAGUUGCCCAAGAAAAGGCCCGCGCCCUGGUACUCGUGCCGCGCCCUCAACUGCAUGCCAACAGCAUAAGCCCAGCAGUCACCCAGGAGCAGAAAGGGGAGGCUCAGGUGAAGAACCUUGCGUCUGAGAAGGCCACAAUCCUGCACGAAUCAUGGGCACUCCUGCAGAAGAGUGCUGCAAAGAUGUCCGACAGUCCCCAGGUGAAUGGCCAAGGUCACCAGAUGAAAUCCCAGAUCUGCACUGCACAGGUGAAGGCUCAGGCCACUCCACAGCCUAAUGGACAGGCACCUUUACCGGUGAUGUCAAAGGGGGUGGUGAAAGAGAGAAGCCCUGCCUCCCACCCCCCACUUGCUGUGUCACGGACCCCGCCUCCUCUCAUUACCCUAGAGCCUCUAGAGGGAAGGCAGGGAGCAAGGGAGAAGAAGUCAGCUGAUGAGGUGCAAUCAAUGGAGAUCAGCCCUGUGUCUAAGGAGGAGCUCAUCUCCAUCCCGCAGUUUUCGCCGGUUGCAGACGUGCGGCCAAACAGCAUGAGUAAGACGCGGGCAUUGGAGGACCUGCUGGAUCUGACUGGGCAGGUGGCCUACCCCAAACUCCCACCCAGCACUGCCCUGGGAGACUGCAACAAGAACCUGAUCGAGGGCAUGUGCAGCCCGGGCUCGGAAACCAAGGUCAUCGCCAACAACCCCCCAGCCUCCAGCAAACUCAACAUUCAGUAGAAUGGAAUGGGAGAUUAAGUGAAUGGCAGAUCAGCAAGGCUGUGGAUAAAGUGGGCGAUGAGGAGCAGAACAGUUCUCCAUGGGAGAUGUUUACUGACUGCUAGAGAAUGGACCUUCAAUGUGGGGUGACCACCUUCACUGAACGCUUUGCCUGUAUGUCUAGUGUUCUGUAUACUGCAGCUGCAGGAGUGGCAGCGCAGUGUUAUGGACUCAAGUAUUAUAGUGAUGAAUGUGUUGUUUCUAUAUCCUCAUGGAGUGCAGACAUUAGUGUGAGCUGUUUAUUAGACCUGGGUAAGUAUGUGUGUGGGGGGGGGGAUGUGUGUGGGUGUGUAUGUAUGCAGGAUACUGUAUAUGUUUGUACCUGACCAAAGCGAAGUGCUAAUGAAGGAGGUGGAAAAACUGUUUGGAGCUAUAUGUUCUUUAAACCAUGUGCUUUCACUGUUUUCUAAUGGUGAAAGACUCCAACUGUGAGUCAGGUUAGGAUAUAAACAACAGGCAGUGGUUGUACCUCUCACCUUUAAAGAACAGAAACUCCAGUCUAAAGAGGUGUGUGCCACCAACCCCACUAGCUCAGCUAGCUGUAACCUUCGUUCCCAUCAUAUUAGAUUUUAACCCCUGAACAGUGGAAGGACACUGUUCUAAGUCUGCUCUAGUGUAGCUGAAUUGUAUUUCAUGCUAAAACGAUAAAGACCUUUGCAUUGCGUUGCAUUUUACAAAGUCUCAGAUGUUUGCCAGUAGCUGCUUUUGUUCCUGGUGAGGACUGAGUACUGUAGAGAAUCUUCCCUGUUAGCUCUGCAUUGUAUGUAGUAAGUGAUUUAGGUUCACAUGGAGUAACUGAGACUGCAACUAGAACAUCUGCUCUGUAUCAUGAUACUGGAAGCUAGUCAACCACAACUGCUACAAACUAGGUGGGGUAAUUUUAAGAUCACUGUCGGUGUGAAGUUCUGUAGGGUCCUGGAGGAAAAAUGUGCCUGCUCUUAUGGCCUUCUGCUAAUAUGGGGAACGGGACCUCUGACACCUUUUUCAGCUUUAAUUUGGUAGGACAGGGGGACAGUUCUGUGGUCAGGACACAGUCCCUUCCAGCUGCUUACUGUUGUGCUUUGACUGAAUCAGACUUGCUGCUGUCAGCUGCUAUUGGUGUGACUGUUGCAGAUAUUGCAGAUAUGUGCAAGAAGAUGAGUGUCAGUGAUCACUCUUCUGUUCCUGUUCUGAAUGUAUCAGGAUGUGGGGAUUCACCAAAAAGUGUUUACUUGAAAUGUUAUGAACAACCAGGGAUGUUCCACAUCAGAACAAAAGAGGGGUGAAACCUAGUUUCUUAUCUUUAUGUGAAUAAAACAGCAUAUUGCAGUAAAUUCAACAUGUAAUUUCUUUAGAAAAUGUGCAUGGGUCCUCUUUGGCAUGACUGCUGUGCUACAGUUAUACUAAUAAUAAAACACAUGAACCCUCCCUUAA